UCAAACAUUGAGAAACACCAAAAAUGCAAUACUUCUCAUUUUUUCAAUUCUUUACCUUCCAUUCAAUAUUUUCAACAUGUUUAUGUAUCCAUCUCUUCCUCUCCCAUUAUUUCAAUGCUCCUAUGGGAAUUGCCAAAGUUUUCACCCUUUUCUCUAAUAAUAACAACCAUUAUUAUACUCUUCCUCUUUCCACCACCAUUAACCAAACUCUUGUAAACAAACCCAAUACACAUAAAGAUCCAUUUCUCUAUUCAGUCUUUCAAUUUUUCCGACGCCUCAUCUAUGGAAGGAAAAUUGAUGGAGGCACAAGAACAGAGGAAGAAGAGAAAGUAUACUCUUGGUUAUACACAUUGGCUCAGUCUGAGAAAAACUUGGUCUUUGAGUAUGUUAGGUCAACUGAAAGAGGCUUAAGUUUUACUGAAGCUGAGAGGAGGCUGCAAGACAACGGCCCAAAUGUUCCACUCGAGUAUUCUUUUCCAAGCUGGUGGCAUCUUCUAUGGAAUGCUCUUUUCCAUCCAUUCAAUAUGAUUCUGAUUCUUUUAUCUUCUAUGUCAUUCAUUGCUCUCGACUAUCCAAAUGGAUUUAUCAUGCUCGUAUUGGUUUUUGUCAGUGUCAUCCUCCGUUUCUGUCUGGAACACAAAAGCUCAAAAGCAGCGAUGAAGCUUUCGGAAUUUUUAAGAUGUCCUAUAAAAGUUCAAAGAUGUGCUGGUAGAUUUGAGCAGAAAGAAUUAAUAGUUCGAGUUGAUCACAAGGAUGUAGUUCCAGGCGACAUUGUGAUUUUUGAACCUGGGGACCUCUUUCCGGGAGAUGUCAGGCUCUUAUCUUCAAAACACCUUGUUGUAAGCCAGGCCUCACUAACUGGGGAAUCAUGGACAGCCGACAAAACUUCCGAUGUUAGAGAAGAUCACAACACUCCUUUACUAGAUUUAAAGAACAUUUGCUUUAUGGGCACAAAUGUGGUAUCAGGCAUUGGAACAGGGUUGGUUAUUUCAACUGGAUCCAAUACUUACAUGAGCACCAUGUUUUCGAAAGUCGGGAAGAAGAAGCCACCAGAUGACUUUGAAAAGGGUCUCAGAUGGAUAUUUUACUUGCUUAUUUCGGUUAUGCUAGUAGUUGUUUCAAUUAUAUUUGUGAUAGAUUACACUACAUCGCUUAAUUUGAGCAGGAGUAGUCUCUUCGCCAUCUCAGUUGCAUCUGCCCUCAAUCCACAGAUGCUUCCCCUCAUCAUUAACACAUCCCUCGCGAAAGGAGCACUUGCUAUGGCUAAAGACCGAUGUAUAGUCAAAAGGUUAACAGCUAUACGUGAGAUGGGGUCAAUGGAUAUUCUUUGUAUUGAUAAGACAGGAACCCUUACAAUGAAUCAUGCAAUAUUGGUUAAUCACCUUGACUGCAGAGGUUUACCCCAAGAAAAAGUUCUACGCUAUGCAUUCCUCAAUUCAUACUUCAAGACUGAGCAAAAUUAUCCUCUGGAUGAUGCAAUUCUGGCACAUGUAUAUGCAAAUGGAUUCAAAUUUCAGCCAUCCAAGUGGAAGAAGAUAGAUGAGAUUCCUUUUGACUUCAUAAGAAGAAGAGUUUCUGUUAUAUUAGAAACUGAAGACAGACACACGCAGUUCUUUGGCAGGUUCAUGGUAACAAAAGGAGCAUUGUUGGAAGUCAUGAAAGUUUGUUCUUUUAUUGAGAAUUUCGAUAAACACGAAAUUUCUACCUUCUCCUCAGAUGACUAUCAGAGGAUUUUAAAUCUAUCAGAAGAAUUGAGCAAUGAAGGGUUAAGGGUUAUGGCAGUAGCUAUAAAGAAGCUGCACAUAUCUACAACUUCACCUUUUCAAAAUUUAUCCGUGACAUUGCAGCAGCAAACUUGCGAAACAAGUAACGGAAGCAAGAGACGCAACGAUGAUUUCGAAAGAGACAUGAUAUUCCUUGGCCUCAUAACAUUUUUCGAUCCACCGAAGGACUCAGCAAAGCAAGCACUAUGGUGUUUGGCUGAGAAGGGAGUGAAAGCAAAAGUUUUAACAGGUGACUCACUUUCCUUAACCACAAGGGUAUGCAGAGAAGUUGGCAUAAAAACCACUCAUGUUAUAACAGGACCUGAGCUAGAAGAACUUGAUCAAGACACAUUCCACGAGACUGUUAAAAGAGCGACCGUGCUAGCUCGUCUCACCCCGACUCAGAAACUCCGAGUAGUGCAAUCGUUGCAGACAAUAGGAAACCAUGUUGUUGGUUUCUUAGGAGAUGGUGUGAAUGAUUCACUAGCUUUAGAUGCUGCUCAUGUAAGCAUUUCUGUGGAUUCAGGGGUAGCCAUUGCCAAAGACAUGGCAGAUAUAAUCUUACUAGAGAAAGAUCUCAACGUGCUCGUCGCGGGAGUGGAACACGGCCGUCUCACGUUUGGCAACACAAUGAAGUAUGUAAAAAUGUCAGUCAUUGCCAACUUAGGAAGUGUCAUUUCACUCCUCAUAGCAACAUUGUUCUUUAAAUAUGAGCCUUUGACUUCGCGACAACUUCUUACGCAGAAUUUCAUCUACAGUUUAGGACAGAUCGUCAUCCCUUGGGACAAAAUCGACGAAGAAUAUUUGAAAACUCCUCAUAAGUGGUCAGAGAGAGGCUUACCGAUGUUCAUAUUGUGGAAUGGACCGGUAUGCACUCUCUGUGAUGUGGCAACACUUUUGUUUCUUUGGUUUUAUUACAAGACUUAUGCUUACGUGGAUGAGAAGUUUUUUCAUUCAGCUUGGUUUGUUGAGGGUCUUCUCAUGCAGACACUUAUUGUUCAUUUGAUGAGGACUGAGAAAAUACCUUUCAUUCAGGAUAUUGCUUCUUGGCCUGUGACUUUCUCUACUAUUGUGAUAUCUGGAAUUGGAAUUGCAAUUCCAUUUACUCCUAUUGGGAAGGUUAUGGGAUUCACCCUUCUACCUCUAUCAUAUUUUGGAUUUUUGGUUGUUAUUUUUCUUGGAUAUUUUACAAUUGGCCAAGUAGUUAAGAAACUUUAUAUAUCGGUUUAUAAGAGAUGGCUUUGAAUAUCAAACUUUCAAAUUUUCAAAUACAGUUUUGUUUUCAUGA